UUGCGCAUACGUUAGUCGCUUGGGUUUGAAAACAACUGUUAUCAAUGAUUUUAUCAUUAAUUAACGUAUAUUUGUCCAUCAAAUAUUAUACCGGUUACCGUUUGCUGGCAUUUCAUUUUGAACUUUCUCACUCUCGUGUAGUAUUUUUCAUAUUAUUUGUAAAUUUACAACUGCCAAAUAACUUGUACGAUGUACAUCAUUUUUUAAAGUGUUGUCGUUGUUUUUGUCAGACAUUAACAAAAUAGUGUUGUUAAAGACUGUACUGCCAAAAGUAAGUUCAUGAAGAAAUAAUGCCUUUAACAAGAUCGAAAAACCACAAGAAAUAUACCACAUAUAAAGAAAACCGUUAUACUUGUAAUGAUUGUGGCAAAUUAUUUACCAAAAAACAUCUAAUUGCUAUCCAUUGUAAAUUGCAUUUUGUUGAAAAUCCAUCUCGGAAUAAGGUUCAUGAAGAAAUAAUGCCUUUAACAAGAUCGAAAAACCACAAAAAACAUACCACAUAUAAAGAAAACCGUUAUACUUGUAAUGAUUGUGGCAAAUUAUUUACCAAAAAACAUCUAAUUGCUAUCCAUUGUAAAUUGCAUUUCGUUGAAAAUCCAUGUCGGAAUAAGGCUCCGGCUGGUGAAGUAACUAAGACAAAACAAAAAUGUUUUAUUUGCGAUGUUUGUCAUGCAGCAUUCAAAGAAAAACACCACGUGGCACGGCAUUGUAAAAUUCAUACUGGUGAUAAACCAUAUACGUGUACUAUAUGUGGAAAGUUGUUUAGAGACCAAUCAAAUUUAAUAAACCAUAAAUGCACGCACACUAUUGAAAAACGGUUUCAAUGUACCCAGUGUGGGAAAAAGUUUAUGAAAAAUGAUAAUCUGCUAGUUCAUUAUAGAACACACAGUCACAUAAAACCUUACGAGUGUGAUGUAUGUAAAAAAACUUUCUCUACUAGUGGAAAUCUAUCAAGACAUAAACGGACAGAACCAAAACGUUUAGAUAGAGUUUUUGGAUAUUUUGCACUUUGAUAAAACUCUAAUUUAAUAAUAAUUUGUUAAAAUGUGAUAAUACUGUAGUAAAGUAAUCAUUUAUUUUGAGUUAUAGCCUUAAGAAAUUGUUCAAAAUUUGUAAUUUUUUUUUUUUUAAUAUUCUCUAUAAAUAUUUCAUUUUGUAAAAUGCUUGAAUAUUGUACACAAGGUUCCUUUAUAAGUUCCAUUAAUGUAAUUUUCAAUUUAAAUUCGAAUAUUAUAUAAAAAUUUUUUUUCACAUAUUAUUAUAAACAUUUAAUAUUAAUAUUAUAUAUAAUUUUUUUUUUACAUU